UGGGAAUGGGGGGACGCUGUGCCCCAGCACCGUGUCAUCUACACUCCGUCACCUCUGCUGGCAUGGAGCUCCAUGGAUGCUCCACGUUCCCAACUGGAACAGGCGACACAGCGCUCAUGGGGCUGGGAUAGUUCCCAUUCCCAGCAGGAACUGGUGGGGGCCCUGCUCCCCAGUGCUGUGCCACCUGCACCCCAUCACUGCUCGGCAUUCCCGGCAGGACUCGUGUGUCCGGGCUGUGUCCGGGCCGUGUCCGGGUCUGUUUGCAAUCAGCCCUGGAGCCGUGAGCGGCCGGGCCCGGCGCCAGCCCAGCCUGGAACAGGGGGAGCGGGAGCUGCUGGAGCCAGAGCCGGGGAGCACAGCCCGGAGAGCGGGAGCGGGAGCAGGAGCAGGGCAGGAGCAGGGGGGUGGCACGUGCCCAGCUCGGCCCUUGGGGACACGACAGCCCUGGGGACACCCUUGGGGACACCGUGGGGAUACAGCCCAGCCAUGACCCGGCUGCUGCUCCCCCUCCUGCUCCUCACGGCCCUGGGGAGCACAGCCAAGCUGAAGCGGCGCCCAGCGGCGUGGGACGAUGGAGGAGAGGCCCAGAGGCCGCUGACCAGGGGCUGUGCCAACCUGACGCUGGUCCUGGACAACUGGAAAUUCGCCAUCACCUCCCAGCUCCGGAACCUGCUGCUGGCGGACCACCAGACCGUGCUGCCCGACUACGGCAGGAUCCCGGCACUGUCGGGGGCCCUGGAUGAGCUGUACCGGGAUUUCCGUGCCCUGAAGGAGCAGCUGGGGGGUCUCUCGGAGAGAUUCGCCCACCUCGAAGCCUCCGUGGAGCAGCUGAGCCGGGCCCGGGGGGCCGCGGCUGCCCUCCCGCGCCGGGGGGGGGUCCCACUGAGCCCCCGCAGGGCCCCCGGGACCCCCCAGUGAGGGACCCCCGGCACGGGGGCGGGGGCAUCACCUGGGGGGGGCUCAGACAGACCGGGGGCCUUCCUUGGGGGGGUCCCAGAUGGGGGGGGCAUUACUUGGGGGGCUCGGCCAGUUUUGGGGGGGGUCACAGACAGACCAGGGCAUCACUUGGGGGGCUUAAACUGGGGGGGCAAGAGCAGCACUUAGGGGGGCUUAGACAGACUGGGAGGAGCAUCAUUUGGGGGGGUCCAAAGGGGGAGCAUCACUUGGCGAACUCAGUCACUCCUUGGGGAGGGUCAGGGGCAUCACUUAGGGGGCUCAGCCAGACUCAGGGGGGGUCCAUCCCCGUGGGUCAAGGUCAGGGUCAGCCUGGGGGGGUCUCUGCCCCUCCCGGGGGUCCCACGCGGCCUCUCUCGCUGUCAAUAAAGCCGCUGCCGCCA